AUGUCGCAUUUAGUUGUGUUUUGGCUUGGCACUUUUUUUUCGCGUCACUUUUCCCUGCGCUUAGCCCCGAAACAUUCCUCACCAUCUUCCUCAUUCCUGCCACUCAAAAUGCCUCCCAAGGCUGCAUCCAAGUCUGCUGCGACAGCAGCUAGCGAAAGGACCUCGCGAGUCCGAAGCUCCAAAGUCACUGCCGAAAAGAAGCAACCGGAAAAGAAGCAACCCGCGAAACCCGCGACAACAAAACCCGUCAAGACCGCGAAAACGGUGAAGACAACAAAAGCAAAGGCUGAGAAGCCCAAGGUCGAGAAGAAAGAGAAGGCCGCAAAGCCAACCAAGAUGGCCACUACGGUCAAAGCGAAAUCGGCUGCUGCGACAAAGAAGCGCAAAGCUGACGACGAGGAGGAGAAGCCCCGAGAGACCAAACGCUCCCGGGUCAUUGCGCAACCCCGGAAGACCAAGGCCCCCGCGCCGCCCAAGGCAAAGCCAGCCAAGGUUGUCAUUAAUGAGGCCCCAACAACGAAACUGAACGUCUUCGUCUGUGGUGAGGGUAGCUCUGGAGAGCUGGGUCUGGGAACAGCCAAGAACGUGAUCGAUGUCAAGCGCCCCCGUUUGAACAAGCUUCUGUCACCCGAGGAAGUCGGUGUCGUGCAGGUUGCCGUUGGUGGUAUGCACUGUGUCGCCUUGACCCACGACAACAAGAUCUUCACCUGGGGUGUCAACGACCAAGGCGCGCUUGGAAGAGAUACCAACUGGGAUGGUGGUUACAAGGAUAUCGAUGGGGGUAGCGACUCUGAUUCAGAGGACGAGGAUAGCGGAUUGAAUCCUUUGGAAUCGACUCCUACCUCCAUCCCCACUGAGGCUUUCCCCGAGGACACCGUGUUCGUCGAGGUCGUUGCCGCCGACAGCUCAAGCUUCGCCCUUACCGAUGACGGUCUGGUCUAUGGAUGGGGUACCUUCCGAAGCAACGAUGGAAUUCUUGGAUUCGACGCCCACAACCUGGUUCAAAAGACCCCGCUGCUCAUCUCCAGCCUCAAGAAGAUCAAACACCUGGCCUGUGGAGCCAACCACAUCCUUGCAUUGAACGACAAAGGCCGUGUCUACUCGUGGGGAUCUGGACAACAGAACCAGUUGGGCCGUCGCAUCGUGGAGCGCAACCGAUUGAACGGCCUCCAGCCCCGCGAGUUCGGUCUUCCCAAGGACAUCGUCUGUAUUGGCAGUGGCCAGUACCACUCAUUUGCCGUCCACUCCUCGGGCAAGGUCUUCGCUUGGGGUUUGAACAGUUUCGGUGCCACUGCCCUUCGCGAGGGUGCCGGUGACGACGAAGCUGCCAUUGUUCACCCCCUCGAGGUCGAGUCACUCACUGGCCGAGGUAUCACUCAAAUCGACGGUGGAUCUCACCACUCUAUUGCAGUUGCUCAGGAUGGUGAGUGCCUGGUUUGGGGUCGUCUCGACGGCUUCCAGAGCGGUUUGAAAAUUGACACCAUCCCUGACGACGCUGUCAUCAAGGAUGAGCGUGACCGCCCCCGUAUCCUGAUCACUCCUACUGUUCUUCCCAACUUCAAGGCAAAGGUUGUUGCAGCUGCUUCGGAUCACUGUGUUGCUAUCGAUGUUGACGGCCGCCCCUGGUCUUGGGGAUUCUCUGCCACCUACCAAACCGGACAAGGCACCCAAGAUGACAUUGAGGUGGCUACCGCCAUCGACAACACUGCCACUCGUGGAAAGAAACUGAACUGGGCUGGUGCUGGCGGUCAGUUCUCCGUGUUCACGGAACCUGCUAGCUUGUGA